UCAGUUUAGUUGGAUUUAAUCAAUUACAGAGUACACAAGCACAGUACCUACCAUCUUCCUUUGCGAGUGUCGCGGUGUGCCAGCCGUCGAAGCUUCGGUUCGAAACCUUAUCGUGCCUUCGUGCCUUCGUUCGUGUUCUAACAACGCUUCUUCGCGUCGUGGUGCAUCUUCUUCUAACGGCUACAAUGCAGCUACCAGCAUCUGUGUCGUCCGCCAUAGGUUUCUGUCUUUUACUUCAAAUCGUUCAGUCGGCACCGAACGAUGGAAAGUACAACCCGCGGAAAUACAACAGAAACGGAAAAUACGUUCACAGAGGCGAAGGAGACUACGUAGAGGAUCUCUCACGCUACAAGUAUGUGCAUUACGAUGAUGGUGAUCGCGGCAGAUACUUCCACAUACACAUACCGUACGAUGGAGGAUACGGUAAUUACGAGGGAGGACAUGAGCCUUACCGUUUUCCACCGUACGAUCCGACUGGCGAAUAUGCCGAGCUAAUCAGCAAAUACUCCCAGGAUCCGUUCAGAAACAAUGUGUACGAUAUCAAGAAACCAUCGAUCCACCUGGAGUACGGUGUGCCAUAUCUGUCCGAGACGAACACCGCGUCAAGCGAUGUGCGAAAGUCCCUGCUGCCAGGACCGGGCACUGCCUACCUUCCGGUAGCCGAAUCCGAUCUCGAUGUUCGCAAAUCAUUGCUCCCGGGACUGGGAACCGGCUACCUGCCCGUGUUGGCCCCCGAAGAGCAAGGCUCGGCGACCGGUUCAUCGGAACGGAACUCCAAAUUCACACCAUACCAUACCAGUGGCGAAGACAAUCACCUCUCAUUGACAACUGCCAGUGGAGCGAACAGCGCGGAACUGCGGGCUACUGAGGAACCACGAUCGACCCCUGCCAGCUCCAAAGAAGACGAUAAGCCACACACCACAACGGACUCCCCACCAACCGAUGAUUCUCUCCACAAUCAUCCAUGCUUUGCUACGAGCGGACCGCUCAAACUCUCCAAAGCUUGAUCCUCCCGAGAGGUGCGAAUACGUUGCAUACCUCCAGGAGUUGAUAGUGUGUGAUCGUGCGAUCCGCGUGCGCAUUUGACCAAGAUUCGUUAUGCUCUUCCGUGAUAAAACAGCACAUCUCAGCAUCGAGGGUGCGUGAUGAUCCAGUUUAGGUGAUAAGCCGCUGAAGCCGUGUAUCUUUUGAAAGUUGUACCAUAAACAUUCAAAUCAACCGUGACGAAAGAUCGUUCGUUUUCCUUGACUAG